CACACCCACGGCAGACACGCACUCACCCGGGCGCCGAAGGGAAAGCCGCGCCUCGCCCUCCCGCCCCGCCGCCAGUCCUGUCGCCGUCCCUCAGCAGAGCGGGAAAGCGGAGGCCGGAGCUGUGACCUCUGACCCCGUGGUUAUGCGGAGCCGUCGCAUUCCUUAGCGAUCGCGGGGCUGCCGCCGUCGCCGCCGCCGUGGGCGACUGACGCAGCGCGGGCGCGUGGAACUGCUGCCGCCCCUCCCCCACCGUCGCCCUCGCGCCGGGUCUCGCGCCAGCCGGUCCCCGCGCGCCCGCCCCUUCUCCCCGGCCGCACCCGAGUCCUCGCGCACCGCCGCCACGCACCCCUUGCCGCCGCCGCCGCCCCAGCCCCGCGCCGCCGCCCCAACCCGCCCCGCCCGGAGGUCCCGCGUGGAGCCGCAGCCGCCGCCGGGGAGGAGGAGGAUGAAGGACAAACAGAAGAGGAAGAAGGAGCGCACGUGGGCCGAGGCCGCGCGCCUGGUAUUAGAAAACUACUCGGAUGCUCCAAUGACACCAAAACAGAUUCUACAGGUCAUAGAGGCAGAAGGACUAAAGGAAAUGAGAAGUGGAACAUCCCCUCUUGCGUGCCUCAAUGCCAUGCUACAUUCCAAUUCAAGAGGAGGAGAGGGGCUGUUUUAUAAACUGCCUGGCCGAAUCAGCCUUUUCACACUCAAGAAGGAUGCCUUGCAGUGGUCUCGCAAUCCAGCUGCAGCGGAGGGAGAGGAGCCAGAGGAUACAGCUGAUGUGGAGAGCUGUGGGUCUAAUGAAGCCAGCACUGUGAGUGGUGAAAACGAUGUAUCUCUUGAUGAAACAUCUUCGAAUGCAUCCUGUUCUACAGAAUCUCAGAGCCGGCCUCUUUCCAAUCCCAGGGACAGCUACAGAGCUUCCUCGCAGGCAAACAAACAGAAGAAAAAGACUGGGGUGAUGCUGCCUCGAGUUGUCCUGACUCCUCUGAAGGUAAACGGGGCCCACGUGGAAUCUGCAUCAGGGUUCUCAGGCCGCCACGCCGAUGGCGAGAGCGGCAGCCCGUCCAGCAGCAGCAGCGGCUCUCUGGCCCUGGGCAGCGCUGCUAUUCGUGGCCAGGCCGAGGUCGCCCGGGACCCUGCCCCGCUCCUGAGAGGCUUCCGGAAGCCAGCCACAGGCCAGAUGAAGCGCAACAGAGGUGAAGAGAUAGAUUUUGAGACGCCUGGAUCCAUUCUUGUCAACACCAACCUCCGAGCCCUGAUCAACUCUCGGACCUUCCAUGCGUUGCCGUCACACUUCCAGCAGCAGCUCCUCUUCCUCCUGCCCGAAGUGGACAGACAGGUGGGGACAGAUGGCCUGUUGCGUCUCAGCAGCAGUGCACUAAAUAACGAGUUUUUUACCCAUGCGGCUCAGAGUUGGCGGGAACGCCUGGCUGAUGGCGAAUUCACUCAUGAGAUGCAAGUCAGGAUACGACAGGAAAUGGAGAAGGAAAAGAAGGUGGAACAGUGGAAAGAAAAGUUCUUUGAAGACUACUAUGGACAGAAAUUGGGUUUGACCAAAGAAGAGUCAUUGCAGCAGAAUGUGGGCCAGGAGGAGGCUGAAAUCAAGAGUGGUUUGCGUGUCCCAGGAGAAUCAGUGCGGCCACAGCGUGGUCCGGCCACCCGACAGCGGGAUGGGCAUUAUAAGAAACGCUCUCGGCCAGAUCUCCGAACCAGAGCCAGAGGGAAUCUGUACAAAAAACAGGAGCCAGAACAAGCAGGGGUUGCUAAGGAUGCAAACUCCGUAGCACCAGACAUUCCCCUCUACAAGGAUGGGGAGGCUGAAACUGACUCAGCAGGGAGGAGCAGUCCCCACUUGCCAGGCAUGUCUUCUGCAGCACCCAACUCAGAGGGUCCCAAGUUCCCGGUUGAACCUGUGGCUUCCCGGAUCCCAACUGAGCCAGACAACUCAGCACACGCCUCUGCAUCUCCAGACAGAAUUCCUAACUUGCUUCCAGAGACUGUAGAUCAGGAGCCCAAGGAUCAGAAGAGGAAAUCCUUUGAGCAGGCGACCUCUGCAUCCUUUCCCGAAAAGAAGCCCCGGCUUGAAGAUCGUCAGUCCUUUCGUAACACAAUUGAAAGUGUUCACACCGAGAAGCCACAGCCCACUAAAGAGGAGCCCAAAGUCCCGCCCAUCCGGAUUCAACUUUCACGUAUCAAACCACCCUGGGUGGUUAAAGGUCAGCCCACUUACCAGAUAUGCCCCCGGAUCGUCCCCAUCACGGAGCCCUCCUGCCGGGGCUGGACUGGCACCAGGACCCUCGCAGACAUUAAAGCCCGUGCUCUGCAAGCCCGAGGGGCGAGAGGUCACCACUGCCAUCGAGAGGCGGCCACUACUGCCAUCGGAGGGGGGGGUGGCCCGGGUGGAGGUGGCGGCGGGACCACCGAUGAGGGAGGUGGCAGAGGCAGCAGCAGCAGUGGUGAUGGUAGUGAGGCCUGUGGCCACCCUGAGCCCAGGGGAGCCACGAGCACCCCUGGAGAGUGUGCGUCAGAUCUACAGCGAACACAACUAUUGCCGCCUUGUCCUCUAAAUGGGGAACAUGCCGAGGCUGGAACUGCCGUGUCCGGAGCCAGAGGAGAGGAACUGGCUUCUCUCAGACAGGAGGAAAACUGCCCACUACAGAGGGUUCCAGGUGUAUUCACAAGUGGGCUAGAAGAUACCUCCCAGCUUCCCAUCGCUCCCACUGGGGACCAGCCAUGCCAGGCUUUGCCCCCACUGUCCUCCCAAACCCCAGUAGCUGAGAGAUUAGUUGAGCAGCCUAAGUUGCAUCUAGAUGUUAGAACUGAAUAUGAGUCUGGUACCAUUUCCUGGGGAAGGGAUGACGAGGAGCAAGGACCCACUGUCCUCCCAGAGGAUGGUCCUGUUCGAUCUCUGGUGGGAGAUGUAUUAGAAGAAGGGACUGGCCUGGCUCUUGACGGUAAUCCCACUAUGACAGUUCCUGUAGAUGUGACUCCUAGUUCCACACCUGAAUUGUCAUUGGCUCACUGCCUGCAAGACAGACCAUUUAAUGAUGAAUUAGGACUUGGUGACUCAUGCCCUCCCAUGCGGGAAAGUGAUUCUAGACAAGAAAAUUUGAAAACCAAGACUCUCAUUUCUGACAGUACUACUCCUUGGCUGCCCAUCCCAUCAGAUGAUGAGGUAGUGAAACAGCCUGAACCAGAAUACGGAGAAAACGUACCAUGUGUUGAGCCCCAGGUUGGGGAAGAGUGGGAGAAAGCUGCUCCCUUCAUUCCUGCAUUGCCUGGGAGUUUGACAGCAGAAGAGGGCCUCGAUCCCCCUGGCAACCUUCCUUCACUCUGGACAGUGCUGUCUCCAGCAGGCAUUAACAGCACUGGCAGUGCCUGCGAACAGGUGGACACUGAAAAGCUGAAAAUCAGUGGAGACUCUGAAGCACUGAGUCCUGACAGCGAGUCCACAGACACAGCCUCUGACUUUGAAGGCCACCUCACUGAGGACAGCAGUGAGGCUGACACUAGUGAAGCCACAGUGAUGAAGGGAUCCUCAGUAGACAAGGAUGAGAAACAUGACUGGAACCGAUCUGUCUCACUGUCCAAGGUGAACGGUGACCUGAGUCUGGUUACAAGGACAGAUGGUAUGAUUGCACCUCAGAGCUGGGUGUCUCGAGUAUGUGCAGUCCCCCAAAAAAUCCCAGACUCCCUGCUGCUGGCCAGUACUGAGUACCAGCCGAAACCCACAUGCCUGGCCAGGCCUGGGUCCUCGGUAGAGCCCACUAACCCACUUGUGAUACAGUUGCUGCAGGGUAAGUUGGCCCUAGAGAAGGUUCUUCCUCCAGCCCAUGGUAGCAUCAAGCCAGAAUCCCCACAGCUACCACUUAGAAAAGAGCAGAGCCAUGGUGGCUCCCUGAGCAUGGGGUCUUUGCAUAAUCCUGGGGAAAACAGUCACCUGGUUGUCAGAAGCAGCCCCACUUUAAGGGCUUUGAAGGAGCCUCUUGGGCCCAAGAGCUGUGAUACAGGCACUAGUCUUGCCAGGAUAGAGGCCACCCAGGCUCCUGGAGUGCCCCCGAAGAUUUCCAAGACAGCCCCAAGUUUUGACUCCGUACAUCCAGUGACACAUCCCAUGACUUCCUCUGGGAAAGUGGAAGAAUUGGAUUCCAAAGAGCAAUUCUCUUCCUUUAGUUUUGAAGAUCAGAAGGAAAUCCAUGCCAUGUCCCAAUGCAGUAAUUCAAAUGCUGCUCCAGGCAAAAGUCCAGGAGAUCUCACUACCUCGAGAGCACCUUGUUUCUCAUCUCCAAAUGUGAUCUCCUUUGGUCCAGAGCAGACGGGCCGGGCCCUGGGUGAUCAGAACAAUGUUGGAGGACAAGGGAAGAAGCUCUUUGGCUCUGGGAGUGUGACUGCAACCCUUCAGUGUCCCAGGCCUGCAGACCCAACGCCACUGCCUGCUGAGGUCCCUCCGGCUUUUCCCAGUGGGAAGUUGGGACCAAGCAAAAACUCUGUGCCUGGUGGGGUACAGACUGCAAGAGAAGACUGGGCUCCGAAGCCACCACCUGCCUCUGUUGGCAGCAUUAAGAAUGACAAGACUUUUGUUGGGGGCCCUGUCAAGGCAAAUGCAGAGAACAGGAAAGCUGCUGGGCACAGUCCCCUGGAACUGGUAGGUCACUUGCAAGGGAUGCCCUUUGUCAUGGACCUGCCCUUCUGGAAAUUACCCCGAGAGCCAGGGAAGGGGCUCAAUGAGCCUCUGGAGCAGCCUUCUAUCCCCUCCCAACUCAACAUCAAGCAGGCAUUUUAUGGGAAGCUUUCUAAACUCCAACUAAGUUCCACCAGCUUUAAUUAUUCCUCCAGCUCUCCCUCCUUUACAAAAGGCCUUGCUGGAAGCGUGGUGCAGCUGAGCCACAAAGCAAACUUCGGUGCGAGCCACAGUGCAUCACUCUCCUUGCAAAUGUUCACUGACAGCAGCACGGUGGAAAGCAUCUCGCUCCAGUGUGCGUGCAGCCUGAAAGCCAUGAUCAUGUGCCAAGGCUGUGGUGCGUUCUGUCAUGAUGACUGUAUUGGACCCUCAAAGCUCUGUGUAUUGUGCCUUGUGGUGAGAUAAUAAAUUAUGGCCAUGGGAAAAAUUGUAUAUUUAGUGUGUGUAUUUUGAUAAUGAUUGAUCUUAAAUCUGUAUACAGAAUCUCGUUGAUAUACUCUGUAUUUCUAGGCAAGAGCACUCUUGCCUUCCCUGAAAUUUAUAGUGCUAAAGCCCUCUGUCACUUGUCGACCCUUCUGGUCUUGCUGGAGGUGUUUCCUGGGGGACGACCCACUGGGCUGCCCAAGGCCAGCCAGCCUGAGCUUUCUUCGCAGUCAGAGCCUGGUGUGGCUUAGGGAGCCUGCCUGACACCCAGAGGGACUUGAAACUGAAGCAGGAAGGUUGUGUUCUUCACCGAGGGAACUAACCUACCGGAACUGAGUAGAAAUGUCAGUCUUCCACUGCCCUCUCCUUGCCAUCUUUUCUUCUGCUACUUUGGGGAGUUGAUGGUGGGGAAGAAGCCAGCACAGGGUUAAAGUAACUCCCAGCAUUGCCCACCAGGGGGCUCGAGCACCUGCUGACCUCAGGGUCACAGUUCGGUCAUUUGCCAGUUGAUGGAGCCAGUUUGACCUUUGGUUCUGUUGCUGAAGCAAAUCUGGAACUUUCCUGUCUCCGUAUGAUCCACUAGCCCACAGGAUCUUUUGAAACCUUGAAUAGCCCUGCUUGGACAAUGGGGUCGGGGAAUAGGGUUGUCUUUCUUACAAAAAUGCCAUCUGUAGACCUUGUGAGUCAACUAUCCAGACAUUUGCAGGUGAAUUCCUCUGACACUCUCCCCGUCACUUUGGACUCCGUGGGAGUGGGCAUCUCCACGUACCUGUGUGUAUGUGAAAGUCAUUUUACAUUUCAAAGCAGUGUGUGUUUCUUAUUUUUAUAUUUUUAACCCUUUAUUCUUGGAUGUAUAAAGUGAACUUUUUGGCUUCUGUAAGUAUGCUCUAUGCACCUCUAAUGUUUUAUUAUGUAUUUAUAUGUUGUACACAGUACAGGCCAAUUCUGUAAAUGGAUGUUAUUGUACAGAGAACAUUACCGUCUCUUUAUUUUACGUCUUCAGCAUCAUCGCAUUAAAGUGGUGUAAUUUACUUCUCCAUGCCUAUUGUCAGAGCCACUGAGUGCUGUGCUGCUUGGUGUGAGGGCGAAAUGAUUGACUUGUGACCUGCCGGGCUGGUGCGCCCAUCACAGGUCACCGGGUGGAUCUGCCACAGCCCGCAGAGCCACAGUCAGCCAGUCCACACACUGCUGAGCAAAUGCAUCUUGUUCCUCACAUCUCUUCUCCUUCUCCAGCCUUUAGUGGCUGCUCGCUGCCAUAUGUGACAAGUCACCACCACCAGUGUUAAGUGCUUCUGGAUUCAUGGAUGAGUUCCCUGGGCAUCCCCCAGGCAGGCCUUACGGAUUUGGCUCCAGGGUCACCACCUGUCACAGCAAUACCUGGAACCAUGCUCUCCUGGGGCCAUGGGGCUCCUUUUCACGUACUUUUGGCAGCAGGCAGGUUUAAGAAAAAAAAACAAAGCCAUGCUUGCUGCCUGCCUCUCUCCCAGUAAGUUUCCAGCAAGUAGAUAUCCCUGUAUUUGUCAUCCCUCACCCUGUUCCUGCCUUAUUUCUUGUAUCUCAACUUACUACAGAGUUGAGAGUCCUCAUUUAAUUUCAGUCUCCCUGUGUGAGUGCUCCUAUAUGAAGUAUAAAAUUUUUAUGACUUUGGCAAAUCUCAUUUCAUCUGACAGCUUUUUUUCCCCAUUUAAUCUGAUGUGGCAUUUUUGUCACUUGAGGAAUGAGUGAGAAGUUGACAAUGAUAUGGUGACUUAUGCAGUAUUGGCCAAGUCUAAGUUGUUAAGAGUCUGUUUACCAAAGCCCGGGAGCAGGGGCCCACGAGUGUCUGGUCCUCUUUUUCCCUCUGCUGAGACCUUUGGGGCCACUCAAGGGUACAGUUUGACACUGGUCUGGUCCAUGAGGCUGCCCCAGAGAAAGCACUGCUUUUGUAUGUCUCUUGUGGUAUUGGAACAAUAAACCUGUACACCCUGCA